AUGACCGACUUCAAGCUGGGCAUCGUGCGGCUCGGCCGGGUGGCCGGCAAGACUAAGUACACGCUGAUCGACGAGCAGGACAUCCCGCUGGUGGAGAGCUACUCCUUCGAGGCUCGGAUGGAGGUAGAUGCUGAUGGCAAUGGUGCUAAAAUAUUCGCUUACGCCUUCGACAAGAACCGUGGGCGGGGAUCCGGCCGUCUGCUGCACGAGCUGCUCUGGGAGAGGCACCGGGGAGGGAUUGCUCCUGGAUUUCAGGUGGUGCAUCUGAACUCGGUGACGGUGGACAACCGCCUGGACAAUCUGCGCCUAGUUCCUUGGGGGUGGAAACCCAAAGCUGAAGAAAUCUCUAGCAAACAAAGGGAACAGAGCCUGUACUGGCUGGCAAUCCAGCAGCUGCCCACAGACCCCAUCGAGGAGCAGUUUCCUGUCCUGAAUGUAACGCGCUACUACAACGCCAACGGGGAUGUGGUGGAGGAGGAGGAGAACUCCUGCACUUACUAUGAAUGUCACUACCCCCCCUGCACAAUGAUUGAGAAGCAGCUACGUGAGUUCAACAUCUGUGGGCGCUGCCAGGUGGCCAGGUACUGUGGGUCGCAGUGCCAGCAGAAGGAUUGGCCUGCUCACAAGAAGCACUGUCGGGAGAAGAAACGAACCUUCCAGCAAGAGCUGGGCCCAGAACGGUGACCUGGUGGCACAGGGCCUCUCAGCAGCAGGAUUCCUUCUCAAAGGCAUUUGGACUCUUGCUUUUGCACAGUAAUGACAGACUGCUUAUUGAAGCCAGAGGCACUGAAGAUAAAAACAAAACCCUGUGAUGCUUGAGCAGAAAGGCUUUGACUGGUGCUGUGGAAAGGGGCUUGGGUCUACCCUUCCAGUAUUAUAUUCUCAAGCAAAAAGACUACUGUGGAGGCUCCGGGCAGGAAGCUUCUCCUUAUUUAUAUGUUAAUACCUUUGUAAACUCAUGUACAGUUUUG